CAGCGGUUUUGGUGUGAAGUAACAGGAUAUCCCCGAUCCUGGAUCUGUUUGACCCAAAUCGAAGAGAACCUUAAUUAAUGUCAUCAGUAACACCUGGGGUUACCUGCUAUUCCACGUCACAAUGGCUGCUGUGGGACAAGGGUAAACACAUUCCAAAUAACAUGUUUAUGCCGAGAGCGCUCAAAGUGAAGAGACCUGCUGAGGGCUCGAGCCACGUUUUGAAGAAGAAGAGCAAGGUGGGUGAAGAGGAUAGUGACCACAAAACCUGUCCAGAGCCACCUGUCCAGAGCUCUGCUUCAACUCCCACAGCAGGGGAGGAGCCAUCCGGAGCCACCACAACACAAGAGGAGGUGACCAAAGAACACAAAGAUUGUGCACCUUUGAAAGAAAGCCCACCACACACACAAGAGCCUUCCUCAGGUGGCAGUGAGGAGGAGGAGGAAGAGCCUGUCAAAUCAUUCAGAAAGAGCCAGAGAUGGCCGGAGCCCGGGGAGCCUGUGUGUGUUAUGUGUGGUCGCUAUGGAGAGUACAUCUGCGACAGCACUGACAAUGACGUCUGCAGCCUGGAAUGCAAGGCCAGCCACUUGGCCCAAAUGGGGAUAGAGGCCAGGGGUGAUGCGUUCAAUGUCGAACAUACAGCCGGAAAUGAGACAACUCUGCAACCUCACGCAGGUGACGCCGGCACCCUUGAUCCAGGCUUUACCUACAAGGAAGAUGUGUUCAUAUCAGGUUUAACAGAGGAGCAGGUGAAGCGGGUUAAGCAGGAACUCGGCAUUGACACCCAGGGGAGACAUGUCGGAAGACCCAUAAUUGAGUUUGAGCACUGUGGCUUCCCUGCCACCCUGAGUGGAAACCUGAAGAAGGCCGGCUACGAGGUGCCCACGCCGGUUCAGAUGCAGAUGGUGCCUGUGGGUCUGACUGGCAGGGACGUGGUUGCCAGCGCUGACACUGGCUCGGGGAAGACUGUCGCUUUCCUGUUGCCAGUGGUAGCCAGGGCACUGGAGACACCAGCUGACAGUGAGCGCAGGCCUGUGGCCCUCAUCCUGACCCCCACCCGGGAGCUGGCCAUUCAGAUUGAGAGGCAGGCCAAGGAGCUGGUGGUGGGCCUCCCCAACAUGAGGACCGCACUGCUGGUGGGCGGCAUGCCACUUCCUCCGCAGCUCCAUCGCCUCAAACGCAGCAUCAAAAUCAUCAUUGCUACCCCCGGGCGACUUCUUGAGAUCUUGAAGCAGAAGGCUGUGCAACUGGACAAAGUGAAGAUUGUGGUAGUUGACGAGGCUGACACUAUGCUGAAGAUGGGCUUCCAGCAGCAGGUUCUUGAGAUUCUGGAGCAAGUCCCUGAGGAGCACCAGACUCUGUUGACAUCGGCCACCAUCCCAACCGGAACAGAGCAACUGGCCGCCCGACUGACCCACGACCCGGUCCGCAUCGUCAUUGGAGAAAAGAACCAACCGUGUGCCAACGUCAGGCAGAUCCUGCUCUGGGUGGAAGAGCCCUCCAAGAAGAAGAAGCUGUUUGAGAUUUUAAAUGACAGUAAGCUGUACCAGCCUCCAGUGGUGGUGUUUGUGGACUGUAAGCUGGGGGCAGACAUGCUAUGUGAGGCGGUCUCCAAGGUGACAGGCCUCAACACCGUGGCCAUCCACUCUGACAAGAGCCAGUGGGAACGCAACCGCAUCCUCAGGGGUCUUCUGCAGGGCGACUUUGAGGUGGUGGUCAGUACAGGAGUGCUGGGCAGGGGACUGGACCUGGCCAAUGUCAAACUUGUGGUCAACUUUGACAUGCCGCCCAGCAUGGACGAGUACGUCCAUCAGGUGGGUCGGGCGGGUCGGCUGGGCCACAGGGGAACAGCCAUCACCUUCCUCAACAACAACAACAAGCGGCUGUUCCUGGAGGUGGUGAACCGGGUCAAGCCCACGGGUUCCAUCCUGCCUCCUCAGCUCCUCAACUCACCCCACCUUCACGAGCAGCAGAGGAGGGACAGGCAGAGGAGAAAGCCGGGGCCUGACGACACCCUGGUCACCAAAAACAACCUCAUAGAUAUUAUCAGGAAACACGACCGCCUCAAGAAAUAGAGACCGCUCUGUUGGUUCUGCUCACAGUGGCACCGUAUAUUUAUUGUGUAAAUAUUUAACUUGCUUGGUAUUUUGAUAAAGAAAAAUAAAUAAAUUUGGUGUACUUUCA